AUGAAAUCUGCCGGAUCUUGCUUUCCAAACUGUCAGAUUUUCCAUGGGAUUUGCAUCUUCUUCCCCAUGGCCAUCCUUUUAAAACUCACCUCCCCAUGUCUUCUUUUCCUCCAUCCCUUCUUCCAUUCCCAAGAUUCCCAUCUUCUUCUUCUUUUCUGGGUGUUGAAAUCACAUCUUUAACAAUCAUGGGAGUGGCUUCUGAGUAUCAGUUUCAUGUUCUUGCUGUUGAUGACAGCCUCAUUGAUAGAAAACUCAUUGAAAGGCUUCUCAAGACUUCUUCUUAUCAUGUUACUGCAGUGGAUUCUGGAAGCAAGGCUUUGGAGUUUCUUGGAUUGAAUAAUAGCGAUGAAGAUGAACAGAGAAAUUCAAAUCCAGUAUCUGUUGCUCCAGAUGAUGAUCAACAUCAUCAACAAGUGGCAGUCAAUUUGAUCAUCACAGAUUAUUGUAUGCCAGGAAUGACAGGCUAUGAUCUCCUAAGAAAAAUCAAGGAAUCUUCAUCUUUCAAAGACAUACCAGUUGUUAUCAUGUCAUCAGAGAAUAUCCCAUCAAGAAUUAACAGAUGCUUGGAAGAUGGAGCUGAAGAGUUUUUUCUAAAGCCAGUUCAAUUAUCAGAUGUGAACAAGCUGAGGCCUCAUCUGAUGAAAGGAAGAUCAAAAGAAAUGCAACCAAAUGUUAACAAGAGGAAGGGAAUGGAAGAAAUUCACUCUCCUGAUAGAACAAGAACAAGAUACAAUGAAUUAGAAGUGGUCUGAUCAGCAAAUCAAUUAAUAUUUUCCGAUUUAUGAGAUUAGUAGGAAUUAUUUUCUCGGGAGAAUUUUCUUGAUUAUACAAAAUCAUUGUAUGGGAUUUUGGUUUCAUUUGAAAGAAAAAGAGAAAGCUACUUGUCAUGUUUAGAAUUAUGGAAUCUAGGGUUCCACUGUAAAUUACCAGAAGGAAAAAUAUAACUAAAUUUUGUUGUUGGUUGAUCAACAGAAUAUGUUCCUCUUGAGAUCUGUGUCAGAUUUUUCUAUUUCAGUUCCAGAAAUGUUAUAAUCUUCAUCAGUUCAUACCCGAUUUAUGUUCAAACUAAAUCAUGUUUGUCUGAAGGAUAUGCUUCUAUCAUAUCUCUGGUUAAAAACUUGUAACAGAUUCUUACCAGAGGCCUGAACCAGAAUUCUAUC